AUGAAUUACAACAACAACAAUAAUAAUUACUACGGAGGAGGUGGUGGCGGUGGUGGAAACUACGGAGGAGGAUACGGAGGAGGAUACGGAGGAGGAUACGGAGGAGGAUACGGAGGAGGAUACGGGGGAGGAUACGGAGGAGGAUACGGAGGAAGAGGAGGAUACGGGAGAGGUGGAUAUGGCGGCAGAGGAUUUGGAGGUGGUGGCGGCCGUGGAGGUGGCUUUUUCGGCCAAAAGCAGAAAAAAGUAAAAGUGAUACCGGAGAAGAAAAUAGCGUACGGGAAGCAAAUACGACGAGAGAUGGACACGGGGCAGAUCUCCCAAGCGUUCGUGUGGUUUGCAAAGUACACCACGGAGAAAAUUAAACCGAAAAUGGGGAACAUUUUGCAAACCGCCAAAUCUGGAACGGUGGACGAGGAGACGCACACAAAGUUGAUUUUGAGAUUGUUACAGGCGAAUCACGCGAAACACGCGGCGUUUGUCGCCGAGAGCAUGUCAAACGAUAACUUCAAAAUGUCGUUGAAGAAAUUCUGCGAGAUUUUAAUGUCUGUGCCGUGUAGGUGCGAUGUGGAAGACGCGAAGAAGCUCGUCAACGCCUUGUGUCCUUUGACGAAAGUCGUCGAGCACUCGGACGCCGCGACGGCGGGGUAUUUCACGAAAAACGCGCGCUUGUUGUUGACAGAAUUUUGUGAGGAGUCUACGCAAAUUUUAGAGAGGAUAGCGAAAAGGCCGCCGGCUGCGACUGAUCUCGUCGCCACGGCGUCGACGUGGAAAGGUGGAAGGUUGUGUCUGUCGACGAAGCCGCAGGUUGGGCCGGACGGUGUCACGAAGAUUCCAACGCCAAUGUCGUGUUUACAAGGCCAAAUAAAUUUGGACGGGAAGCGCAUUUUAUCCGGCGGGGAUUCCGUGCUGGUUCGCAAAUACGUGUCACCGCCGAAAGCUAUACCCCAAGUGCGGUCGUUCGAAUCCUUGCCGGAUUUAUCCCCAGAAGCGGCGGAUAUGUAUAAAGAGACGAAAACGAUGGGUGAUGGUAUUACUUUAGCUGAGAAGCAGCCACCAACACCGCCGCCUGCGCCGGACUCGUCGCUCAAAGCGUCUGCGACGGCGUUUGUUCCGAAGGCACCACCAUUACCAGUCGCGCCGAGACCGCUCGAUGCGCCUGAGGUUGAAUUCGAAGAGUUUGAAGGCAUCAUUGAAUUUGUAAAUUACGAACAAACAGAAAUUCACAUCAACUUGGACCACGGCGAGGUGAAAGAUAUCAUCGGUGAAGGAUGGAGCGUCGACAAGUUAGCGAACAGAGUUUCGUUUUCAAGACAGGUUGGAGCGAUGCGAGAUUUGCUCGAAAUCGUCGAUCCGACGAAGAAAGCAAAGUGCACGACGAACCCGGCGUUUCGAAAAAUUUUAACCGCUGGAUUCCAAUACUCUGAACACGCGGAACCGGACGAAAUCGAUGCAAACAAAGGAGGCGUGACGCAUUUAAACGAAAUGAAACGCAGUUCAUCUUUUGCGGAAGGUUUAGAGUCCAUCGAAGAAGAGGAAGUGGCAAACCUUUGCGCGGAGGUAAACGGCGGAAGAUACGAACACGUCGUACGAAACGUCACCAGACAAUUCAACUUGAACGAGUCGCAACAACGGGCGGUAUCGGCGACUUUAGAGCGCCGAUUAAGUUUAAUACAAGGACCUCCGGGUACUGGGAAAACGCACACGUCUGUUGCCAUCGUUCGCGGACUGAUAGAUAUAGGCAGAGGACCAGUACUGUGUACUUCUGAUAGUAACACCGCGGUGGACAACUUAGUGGAAGGCUUGGCGCGCGCGGGCGUACGCGUCGUUCGAAUCGGUCGUACCGAAGCCGUUCGUCAAGAUCUUGCGAUGUAUCAAAUUGAGAAUAUGGUUCCACCUGGAUGUACAAAGCACGAAGCGUACGAAGCACAAAUCAGAGCCGUAAGAUACGCGCAAGCCGUGUGUUGCACGUGCGCUGGUUCCGGUAGCGACUUCUUGGAUCGGAUUAGUUUCUCCGCGGUGAUGUUAGACGAAGCCUCUCAAGUCACGGAGCCGAUGAGUUUAGUGCCAAUCUCGAGAGGAUGUCAACAGCUUGUUUUAGUUGGAGACCAUAAGCAGUUACCGCCGACUAUUUUAUCUCGAGAAGCCGAGCUUGGUGGAUUAACGCUUUCCAUGUUCGAUCGACUCGUGUCCUUAGGGGUUGUGCCGUACAUGCUCGACACGCAGUUUCGCAUGCACCCGGCUUUGGGUAAAUUUCCAUCGGACGCGUUCUACGAUAAACAAUUGAAAAACGGAACGCCUCGAGCGAUGCGACCAACACCAAUUGGUUUCAAUUGGCCACAGCCAAAUGUUCCUAUUUGUUACAUCCCAACGCACCCGACAAACGCGAUGGAAAACAACGACUCGAAUUCGUAUUCCAACAGAGCGGAAGCAGAGUUAGUAUUGGCGUAUUUGCGUGGUUUCUUAUCCGCGCAAGAGUUACGACCGAAAGAUAUUGGGAUUGUUACCCCGUACGCUGCACAAGUUCGUUUGCUUCGGCAAAUGAUUCGCCGCGCCGGGAUUCAAACCGGUGUCGAUAGGAAUACCGGCGAGUGCGGUAUCGAAGUCUCCUCCGUCGAUGGGUUUCAAGGACGCGAGAAAGAACUCAUGAUAGUUUCCACGGUUCGAGCAAAUACGAACAGAAGUUUAGGUUUCGUUUCCGACCCGAGACGAUGUAACGUGACGCUCACGCGAGCGAGAAGAGGGUUGGUUGUCAUCGGGCAUGAGAACACGUUGCGUUGCGACCGAAAGGUUUGGGGACCGUACGUCCAAUGGAUGAUUGAAAGCGGUCUAGCUUUGGGCAUACGAGGACGACAAGAAAAAAUAGCGGAAGUGAACGCCAUCGAAUGUGAUUUAGACGCCGUUUCGCGACCUUUCGCGUUGUGA